GCUCGCAGGCCCAUAUGACCGCGCUUUGUUUCUAUGGUCGCUGCGCCACGCCGAGCCGAGAGAGAGAGAGAGAAGGCCGAACGAAGACGAGGUUGAGUAGACUCGUUUUGGUGCGCCGUCCUCGCCGUUGGUGAUUUUGGAGGACUGGAGGCAGAGGACGGCCCAAAGGAAUCGACGAGCCAGUGGACGUCCGUGAUGACUCUGAGAUGGGCCGCCAAGUGAGGGGCGCUGUAUAAUAGAGACGCUCAAUCUGAGGCGUGAAGAAACAUUGAAAUGUACAGUUGUUUUAGACGGUGAGGCGAGGGCAGAGCUGGUGUUGGCACUACAAGACGGCAUAACAGGUUGAUGGGACAUGGAAGAGGAUGAUGGCGAGAAUAAAGUCUAUACGGAUGUGAUCCUGAGCGAACUUCUAGGAGCUGAUUGCCAGCUGCCCAGUGUCUUGCCCAGUGUCUUGCCCAGUGAGCCAGCCCAGGAGCGCCCAAAUCCCAUUGCCUUGCUGCCCAUCACUGUCCAGAUCAGCAGCAGUCCUUGCGUUUCUCAGACUUCUGUCGAGCAAACAUUUCCAAGCCAGCAGAGUGCCGAGUUUCACAUCUUUGACCAGAAUGGACAGCCCAUCAAGUGUGAGCGAAUGAUGAUUGUUGCCGGCCAGUCUGAGAAUGGCCAGGUUCUACAUGUCAUCCCGUCUCCCCAGGUGUUGGUACCGCCAGGACAGGAGCAGGACUCAAGAGGUUGCCCUGAAGAGAAGCUGUCCCAUGCUGAAGAUGUGGCAUCUAAUUUGUCCUUGACCACCCUCAUCAAAAAUGAAGUGCUCAGUGCUGACAGCUGCUUCCUGGCACCUCCACAGCCCCUGCCCCCCAGUGCCCCCGCCUGGGCCCGAAGACUGCGUAGCUGUGAGAAAAUCGGGGAUUCGUAUCGCGGGUACUGCGUGAACGAUUCCGAGCUGGAGAGCGUGCUGGCACUACACAAGCAAUUGACGCAGAGCGUGUGGGGCACGAGGCAGUCGCCAAGUCCUGCCAAGCCCGCCACCCGGCUCAUGUGGAAGUCCCAGUAUGUACCGUACGAUGGGAUACCAUUUGUAAAUGCAGGCAGCAGGGCAAUUGUGAUGGAGUGCCAGUUUGGACCGAGGCGCAAAGGAGUUCAGAGCAGAAAAGGAGGAGAGACUGACUUCAGCUUCAACCAGAAGUAUAAGGCCACCUGUCCAGCCAGAAUUUACAUUAAGAAAGUCAGAAAGUUCCCCGAGCACCGAGUGCCUACAGACCCCAAAAUUGACAAGAAGAUUGUGCGGCAGGAGCAGGAGAAGGCCUUCUUCAACCUCAAGAAGAGCCUGUGGGAGGCCGGAGGAGUGCUGAGGUAUUACGUCCAGCUGCCCACCCAGAAGGCACACCAGUACCACGAUCUGGAGGCUCCUCAAUUCCCCCCAACGUCUCCAAACCACCUACUGCCAGUUCCAGUGGAGGAGGAACUCGAGGAGAAGGCGGAAGGUGACGAUGACAGUUGUGAGCCCUCCCGUCUGCACCCCCGUGUGGCUGAGAAGAUCCGUGAGCUGGUCUCUCAGGGAAUGGACCAGGUCUAUCUGGUCAGAAAACAGCUCAGGAAGUUUGUGGAGCGCGAGAUGUUCAAGCCCGACGAAGUCCCAGAAAGACACAACCUGACGUACUUCCCUACUGUGAACGACAUCAAAAACCACAUUCACGAAGCGCAGAAGGCUCUCCAGCCCGAAGGUGCAAAUGACCCCCCAGCUCCAACGGAGACUCCGCUGCACUUUGCCGCCGACGCAGAGAACGCUCCCUUGGACACGGUCACCCUGACGCUCGCCCCAGCUGCUACAGAAGUAGGGGGCAUCUUGACGUCACCGCUUGGAUCUCUGGAGGUCAGUGAGACGCUUUCGCAGGAGGCUGUGCAACUGCUUGGCUCCUUCUCGACGCUACAGCCAAAGAUCCUGGCGCACAUGCAGCAGCUUCCGCCCACAUUUCCUCCCGCAGAGGGCGCUCCAGGCCUCCUGUCACUGAAUGCGCAGCCCCUGCCUGGGAGUCAAGUGGAGGACAUCCUGGAGAGCAGCAGCGUGCCCACCUCCCAUCCGCCCCUGCUGACCCCCUCCCAGUUCCUGCAGCCCAGCGCCUCUCUGACAGACAGCAUGGCAGCUCUGCCCACCGUGGUCAACCUCGGCGAGUCCGGUUUGUUUAGCAUGGGCCAGCUGGUCACUGUGUCCGCAGUGGGCGAGGGUCACCUGGCAGGAGGAGUCCAUCAGAUUCUCCUGGAGGACGGCCAGACAAUCCCGCUGCAGAUUGUGGGGGAUGACACUCCAGUCGCUCCAGUUUCCGGCUGCUUGGGCCCAGCGAGGGUGAACGAGGAGGGCGAGCAUGGCGACAAGGCCUCGGUAGACUGACGGGCAUGAGCGCGCGGAGCAAACACAUCACCUCAGGAAUGCUGGGACCACGCAGGAAGGCCAGCAUCCACAUCACCUCAGGAUUUCAGCCAUCAGGGUGGCACCAGCCCCACCACCUCAGUGGGCAGGUGCCAGCCACGUGACCUCAGGAAUGCAGCCAGUGUGUCCUGGCUGGAGCAGAUGGACACCCAAGGACUGUGCAGACUUUCGAGCUGCCAUUCAGGUUGGCACAGGUCCUUACAGGACAGCACUUUGAGCUGGUGAGAGACCUGUGCCCAGGAGCAAAGAUUUGUGGAAACGGUGAGCUUUGUGUUAUGAAAUAAAGGUUUGCUGUCUCUUGA